AUUGAAUCAGAUAUGUGAUUUUUUAUUGUUUCUUUCAAUUAAAUACACUAAAGUUUUAGAUAGUAUUCUUUACAGUUAAUAUGGAAGAUAAUACCAAGGACAGACAAGAUGAAGACGUUGACGUGCCGUGUUUCUGCAGCCAACGUUGGAUUCUCGCCUACAUUGGUUUCCUGGGCUUUGGCGUCGUGUACGCACUGCGCGUCAAUCUCAGCGUUGCUGUCGUCUGCAUGGUGAAAUCACCGGUCACUGAUGACGUCAUCAACUGGAACGUGUCCACCCCAUACUCGAUUGAAAAUGAAUUUUGUGUGGAGGAGAGUAAGGAAGCCUCGCAUUCAAAUGACUUUUGCCGCGCCACUUACGCAUUUUCGCAAAAACACGAAAUGGCAGAAAACCGCCACCAUAGUAAUACCUGUAAUCUGCCCCACCAGAACGCGGAGCUGGACUGGAGCAGUACCACGAAAUCAACGGUACUGGCCUCGUUUUUCUACGGCUACAUUGUCACACAGGUGCCUGGGGGAAUGCUUGCUGACAGAUAUGGUGGGAAGCGGGUGUUGUUUGUCGUCAUCCUACUGUCGUCUGUUUUAACCCUCGCUAUGCCGAUAUGCGCGCGCACAUCAGUUAUUCUGGUCUACGUCAUACGGGUUCUCCUUGGACUUUUGACGGCGAUGACGUUUCCGGCGAUGCACGCGAUGUGGGGCCGUUGGGCACCGCCGCUAGAGAGAAGCAAACUGACUACAGUCUGUUAUGCCGGUACGACGCUGGGAUUUGUGGCCACAUUUAGUACCUCUGGAGUGUUGUGCGAAUACGGAUUUGACAACGGAUGGGGAUCUAUAUUUUACCUUACAGGGGGCCUUGGUGUCCUUUGGUCCAUGGUCUGGUGGUACAUAGCGGCGGACACGCCUAGUCGACAUCCCCGGAUAUCCGGUGACGAGGUCAAAUACAUCAAGGGCUUAGUCGAGUAUAACACGGAAAAACGGGAGGGAAGCAUCCCCUGGCGCGCUAUCCUUACGGCGCCAUGCCUCUGGGCGACUCUGACUGCUCAUGUGUGCAACAACUGGACCAACUACACUCUUCUAACAAAUAUUCCAACCUUCAUGAAGGAAGUGCUCAAAUUUGAUAUCAAAGUGAAUGGAGGCUUAUCGUCCAUCCCAUACGUUUGCCAGUUUGUGUCUGCUCUGCUGGCCGGCCAGUUGGCUGAUUAUAUCCGACAGCAUGGAUGGAUGAACACAACUAGAACAAGAAAGGUCUUUCAGACAAUAGCGUUUCUGGGCGCGGGUGGGUGCCUGGUUGCCACUGGUUACUGCACAUGCGAGAAUCGUAGCGUGGCGGUCGCCCUUCUCUCAUUGGCUGUCAUGUGUAUGGGCUUUGGACGUGCAGGAUAUGUCGUCAACCAUGUAGACUUUGCACCAAAAUACGCUGGACUACUUUUCGGGAUCACGAACACCAUAGCUACCAUACCAGGAAUGGUCGCACCCAUAUAUGCCGGAUACAUGACUCCAGAAAACACCCCUGAUCAGUGGAGGACUGUGUUCUUCACGUGUGCGGGGUUUGACGCCUUCGGAAUCCUCAUCUUUGGAAUAUUUGCCUCCGGGGAAAUGCAGGAGUGGGCUAAAGACAAGGACUUCAAUAUCGACAUUGAAAUUGACGUCGAUGCGUCAUCAAAACAAAAUGACGUCAAAAAGAAUGACGUCAAAUCCUCCAAGCCACAAAAACCAAAGAAGAAGAAAAAUAAAAAGUCACUACACGAAAACAUGGUCGUGUCACGUGAGAUCAGCAUGGAGAUCGUCGUCAGAGCAGCGCCAAAAGAACAACCGGUCCCUCAAAUUGAUGACGUCAGCAAUGACGUUAUGAAACCGCAUGAGCUGGAUAUACGUAUAGAAGAGGAUGACAGGGAAUAUGAACCUGUGAUUAAGAUUGAGGAGGGAGGUAUGGAGGGGGAUGUGAAUGAAGGUUUCAGAUUGUAAAUAAUCGAAACUCUUGAAUUUUGUGGUACAUGACUUUGUAAAGAAUAAAGUUAAAUUAUUGAUUGUUUAUAGUCAUAAGAAAUAAAGUCCUAGUCAGAAGAA